AUGGUAAACGAGGACGUAGAUUUAAGGAGUAAACCCGGCGUGGGUGUGAUGCCGGGGUCUCCGCAGGGUUCGUCUCGGGUUCCGGGAAAUUCGGGACGGGUCCUGUCAGUAUGUAAUUGCAAUCAAACCAGCAUCUGUAUGUUACAUUUUUUUGUUUAUUCUUCCUGUCUUGUAGAGAAAGAACUAGAAGAGAACCCAGCUCAACUGAAGCAAUAUAUGUCAAGCAAGCUCGGAAAGAUACCUGAUAAAGUAAAAGCUGUGGUAGAAAACACCGAAUUGGAUGCUUUUAUAUCCUCUCCAUUGAGAUAUAGGCAUCCUUGGGAGCUUCUUUGGGGAAACAUCAGCAAAGGAAAUGCUUGUGUCGCAGGGGACGCGCUCCACCCCAUGACCCCAGACAUUGGCCAAGGGGGCUGCUGUGCAUUAGAAGACAGCGUUGUAUUGGCAAGGUGUCUUGGUGAGGCCUUAUUGAAGAACUCAGGGGGAGAAACAAAAGAUAAGGAGGAUGAAGAAGGAAAGGAAGAGUAUGAGAGGAUUGAGAUGGGGUUGAACAAGUAUGCCAACGAGAGGAGAUGGAAAAGCUUUGAUCUGAUUAGUACAUCUUAUGUGGUUGGUUUCUUACAAGAGAGUAAUGGAAAAUUUAUGAACUUCUUCAGGGACAAAUUUUUAUCUUCAAUCCUGGCUGGUUUGCGGUUGAAGAAGGCAGAUUUUGAUUGUGGAAAGCUCAGCAUCUCUUAA